AUGUACUUCAAAAAAACUCCAAUUCCCUUUACUAUUAUUGACACACCUGAAAAUGCUAGGUGCUUAGAUGGUAGCAAACCAGGAAUUUACUAUCGUCCAGGAGAGCACAAAAGAAAUACUCUCAUAUAUUUGGAAGGUGUUGGCAAUUGUGCUGGUCAUACUGUAGAUGACAUUCUUGAAAAUUGUUAUUAAAGAUCUUUUACUUUAAUCGGUUCGUCUAAAUAUAGACCUUCGUUCUUCAAUGAAUCUGAAAUCGAAGGAAUUUUCAGAGAAGAUGAUAAAACUUUUGGAAGAUGGAAUCUUCUAAUUAUUCCUACUUGCGAAGGUAAUUUGAUUCAGUUGAUAUUAAAUAUUCUAAUUUUAGUAAAGUGCUUGCUACUUAUGCAGGAGAUGCUUCUGUUGAAUAUAAAAAUACUACUUUGCAUUUCAGGGCACAAAAAAAUGCUUAUGUUUAUCUUUGAUUAUAUGAUUAAAAAUUAUUAGCUAAAUUUGAAUCAUAAUGUUAUACUAUCUGGAAGUUCAGCUGGUGCUUUUGGUGCCCAUUAAUAUGCAAAUUAUCUUUAAAAAAUAUUACCAUUAACUGAUGUAAGAAUAAUUCCUGAUUCUGGUUUCUUUUUAGACAGUCCUGAACCCUUUUAAUAAAUUGUUUAGGUAUUUGGCAACUUUAUUAAGAAUGAUCAUUACAAAACUAUAUUCCCUGAAUGCAAGUAUUAAACUAUUGGCUCUGAUUUCUACAAAUGCAUUCUUCUAAAGUAUUCUUGGGAAUUCAUUUAAACAGAUGCAUUUAUUAUUGGUUCUUUAUAUGACAAUUGGGCUUUAUAGUAUAUUUAUUAAAUUCCUUGCUACAAUCAUUUCGAUUAGUGUGAUCCUGAAACUCUUUAAUUUAUUUUAUCUUAUGGAGAAACAUAUAAGAUGCUUCUAUCUAAUAUUUUAUCUAAGAAACCCAAUUGGGGUAGUUGGUUGAUUAGUUGUGGUUUCCAUGAUUUCGUCCAAACCAAUUGGUAUUCAAAUAGAAACUUCACAAUUCCCAGCUCUUCUAAAUAUACAGGUCAAGAAUCUUUAGAUCAAUGGAUUAACUAUAGGUUUUUGAAAUCUAAAUAGCGUAUUGAUUAAGUUCCUUACCCUAAUAAUAAAAACUGCGCUUAUUAAUACAAAUGA